AUCGGGACAUUGCGUGCUCACAUUACCGGUGUUGACUCUAGCUUCUCAUGUGUAGCUAUCAUUUUUUCGCUAGAGAGGUAGUUUUGUAUCGUAACGUUUAGCUAGGUACAUCUAGCUAAACUAGAUUAAGUUAGCUAUUAAUCGUAAAAUGUUGUGUUUGACUAUUUUGUCGGUCGCCUUCGCAGCGCUGGCUUUGGUACCGAGCAUUAGCGACGCUUUGAAAGAUGGGGAUUGUGAAGUGUGUGUGAGCUUCCUGGGAAGGUUAUACCAGUCAUUGCAAGACGACAAAGUUAAAUUCAACAGCACAAACAUCGAGAAGGCCCUCGUCGAAACCUGCAAAGACGCCAAGGGCAAGGAAAACCGCUUUUGUUACUACAUUGGUGGAACAAGUGACGCAGCCACCAAAAUCCUCAACGAGAUCUCCAAGCCCCUGAGCUACCACACACCAGUGGACAAGAUCUGUGAGAAACUAAAGAAGAAGGACAGUCAGAUCUGUGAACUGAAAUACGACAAACAGCUGGACCUGAGCACGGUGGAUCUGAAGAAGCUGAAGGUGAAGGACUUGAAGAAGAUCCUGGAGGUGUGGGAAGAGUCGUGUAAAGGCUGUGUCGAGAAGUCCGACUUCAUCCGCAAGAUCGAUGAACUCAUGCCCAAGUACGCACCUAACGCUGCUAAAGCACGGAGGGAACUGUAACCAGAGGGAGAAGGGGGGGGGGUGCAGACCUGGGAUUAUAUUACAUUUACAUUUAAGUUAUUUAGCAGACGCUCUUAUCCAGAGCGACUUACAAAUUGGUGCAUUCACCUUAUGAUAUCCAGUGGAACAACCACUUUACAAUAGUUCAGUGUCUCAAAGUAGACAUGUUGAUCUAGGAUCAGUUUUGCCUUUUUUUAAAUCUUUUUUUGUUGUUGAUCGUACUGAAUAAGACUGUAUCAAGCAUCUCGAUUAGGAGUGUUGAUUUAGGAUCAGGUCCCCCCCCCCCCGUCCAUGUCAUUUUAUUCUUUGUGAUCUAAAUGCCAAAUCUAAUCCGAGAUCAUCACUCCUACUCUGAGACACUUUGGUCUGAAUACCAAAUUGCACCCUAGUCCCUAUAUAGUGCACUACCUUUGACCAGUGCCCAGUGGGGAGUAUGGUUCCAUUUGGAAUGCUGCCUUUGUUUAUACAGGCCCUGGGGAAGGGGCUUUGGUGGUCCUGAGAGGGUAUUUUGUGGUGGGUAAUGUUCGCUGUGCGGUAUAUGAACCACCUGUCAGUCUGUACAUGACCUAUUUUUUGUUGUUGUUUUAAUUAAGGGAUAUACUUUUUUUUUUAAAUUUGUCUUAAUUAAUAACGGUAUAAUCAAAUAUAACAGGUGUGGACAAGCUCAUAUGCAGAAGGUCCUAGACAGUGGGUGUAGUAAGACACCUGAUUCUACUAUUCAACUAAUCAUCAAAUCGAGACCUUGAUUUAUACCCUCUACAAAUAAGCUUCGCCACACCCCUGAAAUAUAUAUAUUUUUUAAGAGAAGAUAAAACUAUUGAAAUGUGCUUUUCUUUCACACAACCUUACAUGUUUAUUACAAAAUGUUCUGUACUUUUUCAUUAAAAUAUGAAAACAAGG